AUGUACGGUAUUCAAGCGGAUGUAUUUCAAACUGGGAAGGUCAAUAUUUCCGACACAUCCCAAAACAACCACGGCUGCCAGACCGUUUCUUUCAAAGCUCAGUUCCAGGGUUCGGGAGAUGUAAAGGUGUUUGCAACGCUGAGCCAUGGAAGCGAACAUGUCAAAAUCCACGACCCAGCGUCUCUUUGGGUGAAGUCAGUGUCCACAUCUGGUUUUGAUGCCUGCGUUCGUGAAGCAGGCAGUGGUUCUGGAGGAGCGUCGGUGAUCAACUGGCUUGCCUUUCAAGGAUCGCACCAAGGCAUUGAUUCAGAAAUCGUUGAAUUUGAUGAAUUCACCUCAAGAACCCAGUGCAAGAAGAUAUCGCUUAGUAUCCAGAAUAAGGUAAGCUGGUAAAGUAGGUGGAUUUAAUCAGUCAUUUGUAACAAACGACCCAUUCUGACUCGGGCAAAAUCGAUCAGACAUGGAGGAAGGGGGCUAGCCUUCGCUCCUGGUAAGGGAAUCCGGAUUCCGGAAUUCGGGAGAGUUUCGCCUGUGGAAUCCGCAAUCCCUGGUUUUUGAAUCCGCAAUAUAUCUCAAGGAAUGCCACUAACGGUUGUAAUCCGUAAUCUAAGUUCCACUAAGUUCCACUCAGUACCUGAAUUCCGAAAUCCAAGGCAUAGAAUCCAGAAUUCAGGACUGUCUUGGAUUCCCUUACAUGGGUCGACUAGCCUAAACCUACAAUCGAGAAUUCGGAAAUCCUUUGCUUUUCUGUCGUUAACUGUAUUAGGUCACUUAGAAGGAACUUUGAAGUGUGUUAUAUCAGCGUGAUGUAGAAUCCCAGACGGUACAUGAUCUUUUCUUCUAAUUGUUCUUUUGCAACUCUGUCUUACUUAGGCGAGACCCCAAGUGUUUGUGACUGUUCUACAUAAACAUUCCGACCGACCGUUUGACUCCAUGAAUAUUUGGCUAGAAGACGUCAAAACGGAUAGUUUUGUGGUUUGCUUGAGGGAGUUUAUGAGCUUCGACGGCAUCCAUUCAGCUCUCAAAGUGGUGAGUUUUAAUCAGAAAACUCACGAGUUAAACGAGAAGUCUGAGGUGCACUAGCCUUUAUUGCUCUUUUCGCGAAAUUAUCGCUCUUGUUUUGCGUGGCCAAGACGUAACUCCAAUACAUGUGGCACCACACACUACUAUCAAUAGCAAAUUCUAUAUCUUGCUUCUUCUCCAAGUUAUAGUUCAAAAAUUAACAUACCAACAACAACAAUGACAUCAAAGAAAUUGAUUCAGUGUUGUCUUAAGUGCUAGUAUAUUUAGGUUAGACAAUAAUACUCCACUAGUCUGCAAACGAAUGUGUAUAUAUUCAUUUUUUUCCAGAACUGGCUUGCGUAUGAUGUGCUCCCGGCGUCUUGGAAUUUUACUGAACGAGGAAAGCUUCAUUUUUCUGGACUUGGUGCUCCAAAGGAAGAAAACAACUAUGCUUUUUGUCAGGUUGGAAUUAAUAACAACAGUUUUCUAUACGCAUCUGAUGAGCCUCUCUUUAGAUUAGAUCAGCUCAGACGAAAAAUUGUAUCUCUUAUUUCAUAGAGACGCUGUUGCGAUAUGUUUCGUGUUUCUAAUAAUGAAUGUACGGCUUUCAAUAAGGAACGUGACAAAAAAGGGUUUAAGGCAUCGUUGAUCUUGAAUUCUGUUGCAUACGUGUACGUGUAGAAAGUCCAUCCACUAGCAGUCUGUAUACACCCAGAUGUUGCAUUAUAAUCUCUUUUAAAUUUAUUUAUUUAUUUUAGAAAACUUGCAAAACUUUCUUCAAUUUGGAAAUGAGAGAGAAAACGUUGUUAAUUACGCAUUAUUAUUUAAGCAAAUUAAUGGAAAUUAUCUUACACGCAGAAAACUCUGCAAUAUUUACAAUAUUUCUUCAACUGUGGUUGGAAUAAGUAGGUGAUAGGCUUUCAAUAAGGCUUUACCAAUGCAUUUUUGUGCAAUAUAUUUUUUCAGGAUUAUAAAUUCGAAAAUCCAUUUUACGAGCCACCUAGUGUCCUCGCGUGUGCCAGACAUGACAACGUUACCAGCGAGCUGUGGAUGAAGGCUGAUGGUCGUUUUAGCAACGCUUUAAAUGUUUGGAUAGAGGUAAGCAAUUUUGUAGACUGUACACAGUCAGCCAUCUAUCGUUUUUUUUGGUUUGAACAGAGUUCUUUUCUAAUUGCCUUCACACUUCAACUACGUAAAAACGCUUGAAGUGGCACCGCUAUAUUCACCUCGGGAAUCAAAACUGUCAAUCAUUACUUUCGCUUCAACGCCUGUUCUGUACUGCGCAAUUGUUCAAGCGGGCGCACGCAGUUGAAUUCAAAUGUGGGCUUGAAAUAUAGUGACUAUAAAGUAUAGGAUAAUUGAGUAAGAUGAUUCUAAAGGUUUUUCUCUCCACACACUUUUCUUGCGUUUGGAUUUCUUACCCCACUAAAGAAAUCAAACCUUUAAAGACUUAUUAGCUACUUAGACCUUGAAGCUAAGACGCAGAAAGCUCGAUUAUGUCCUUAAUUGUUUUGAGUAAACUGAAGAAAUCAUUGAAUUGCCAGAUACACAGAUUUAAAUGUAAUAAGCUCUUAACUUCAUUGUUUAGAAAUUCUAUGAACAAUUAUGAAAUUAACCCUAUUCAGACCUAUUUCAGGAAGGGGGAGGCGGGGGGGGGGGUGCAGAAUCCCUUUAAGGUGAAAAUAUAUUUAAAAAGUAAGGUGUCUUACAAAAUCAAGAAGUAAUAAUCAUCAACAAUAACAGCUCGGUCAUUAUGACUUCAUUUAUUACUAAAAUAGAACCUGGAACCAUCCGCCAUCUUAGAUGCGCCAUUUUUAAUUAAUUAAAUGUAUUCCAUUUUAGGUAAAACCUGUAUGAAUCGAGGUAAUCGUGAUAGAACAUUUGAUCUGUGUGUACAAGGAUGCUUCGAAAGCAAAUUAUAAUCUGCAAGUUAUGAAAUUCCGGGAGAAGUAAACACUGUUGAAAAUAGAACCCAGUACCUGCCAUUUGUUCACUUUAAAUUGUUCGCUGUCAAACCUCAAUUGCUAAUGGUAACGUCAAUGUCGACGCACACGUCAUGACGACUUUAAAAUGUUCCCAGAUAGUUUUUGGAAAAUUCGCUAAGUUAGGUGGUCAAACAACGGAUUUGAAGUUAUUCAAUUUGUUAACCGGCGGGUGCAAAAACCCCCGUCUGUUUGAAUAAGGUUAAUUUGACCAGCGUGGUAACUUAACUAAUUUAAACAGUCACUUCAAGAAGAGCCAUCGCAUGGAACUGAUCAGUAUUUUUUCCAAAGUUGGUAGUAGUUACAUCUGAAUUUGAUGUUAUUUUCCAGGAGAUCACUCGUUUGUCUUUCAAAGUGUGCAUCAAAGACAGUCAGGGAAUGAGCAAGUCUCACGAUCCAGUUACAGUGGACUAUGCAAUUGUGGGAGGUAUUUUCAUGUUUCCAUUGCACUUAAUGCAGGGAGCCGUUAUAGAAAAAAAAAUUAGUUUAGAUAUGGAGUCCAAAAACAGUUUAAAAAAAGACGCUGCAUUUACUGAUGUAUGUCGCAUUUUUUGGACAUAUUGUAGACGACAUACAAUAGACGACUGUUUAACUGUGACAAUAGACGGAUCGAAACGCACCAAUUACUGAGUACGAGUCUUCAAAGCCAAUAACAUCAUCACGGCAUAACUGACAGACGACCAAUAACAUCGCGACGUAAUUGACCAAUCAGAUCAAUAACCAGAGUAUCAUACCAUUAACUGACGUGAUACAACUCACUUUGAAGAUGACUACCGGUUGGCGAAACGUCAGUCACUGUCAACAACAACAGUCCUAUUCAGGAGUACGUUCACCCGGACGAUCUAACUCAUCCUACUUUUGAAAUGACUCCUGGGUUCAAACCUUUCACAGCAUAUUGUAAAACUCUUAACAAUUUUAUCAUCUUUAAAUAUUGCCCCGCGUGCCUAAUGGAGUAAUAUUUUUCAGAAAAAUGUAUUAAGCACUUUACGCUUCAAUAAGACGUCUGAUAGGGGUUACUAAAGAAAACAAUAUGGUAAAAUUCACGAUUUUGUAUUUUGUCUCAAAGAUAUUGACCCUUGCACAAAUGUUACUUGUGAAUACCAUGCCAUCUGCAAAGCUUUCUCAGCAUUUGAUGCCCGUUGUGUCUGUGAUGACAACUGCCCGUCGUACGAGGAGCAAGUCUGUUCAUCUAACUCGACAACAUUCAAGAACAAGUGCUUUUGUCUGCUGGACAUUUGCCAACGCAAAAGCAACCACACGCUUUAUCAUCCUGGCAGCUGUACAGGUAAAAUUCUUUGGCUCUGUUUCAUUGCUUGUUUCUUGCCUACUGCAAAACAUGAGACAAUCCAGAAGGCCUGAGUCAGGAUUAAGCAUUGCUUUUGUUUCCGCUUCCUCAGCGCAUGUCCCUCUGCUCCCUCCACACACAUACUUCCCAUCCCCAUAGAUGAAUUGAUAGACAAAUUCAUACCGGCCUUUUCUUCUAGCUCUUGGUAUCACUUAGACUUACUUUGUUAAUUUGGGAAUCUAAUUUGCCGGAUACAAGCUACCUGGAUGUAUCACUUUCAAAGGCCUUUUUUUUUUCCUGGCAUUGAAGCAAGAACUCUUUCUUGUUUUUCUGCUCUUUUGUUUUAACUCUUUGUAUUUGUAUACUUCUCCCCUUAGGCUUUCCAGUUCAGACCGGUCGGGUUUCAAUGGUAAGACGUGUAAAAUCAGCUGAGACAGCCUGUAAAUUGGUGAAAUUUCCACCACUCUCCUUCUAUCCUGACAAAGAAGUACACAUGCAAGUAACGACCAAUCACUGGAACAUAAGCAGGAAAAAUUUUAUACAUGAUGCCACAGUGUCAUGGGUGCACACUGUGAACUAUGAAAAUUUUGAGGUGAGUGUUGAAAAGGAUGUUUGGUUUAUCCUCAACGACAGCGUUCUUACAAAUCUGCGAUAACGAGAUUAAAUACCAAUUUACCGGAUAACUGUCAACGUUUAUCUUUAGGUGUGCGUGACAGAAGCUGGAAGAAAUGACCGCUCUAUCCAGGAGUUUGCCACUGUGGACUGGAUGGCCUACCAAGGAGCACCUGAUGGCGGUGUGACAGGAAAAUCACGCUUUUCCCGAUGGUGGACUGGAUCACACUGCAAAGAAGUUGACCUUCCCCAGGCAAUUAUCUAUUUAGUGUCUAUUUUGUAGAAGGGAGGAAGAAGUCUAUUGGGACUAAGACGGGACGAGAAGUCAUGUCACCCUUUCAUUUUAUAUAUCCAUGAUUAUUUUCUCUCAAAAUUUCGACGUUAUCGUUUCAAUCGACAUCUUAUUGGAAAAUAAUUUGUCUAAUAGACCCAAGAAAAUCUAAUACGACCUUUCUCAACAAAGUAAGACGCUUUGAAGAAAUCAUUUUGGAUAAAUUAUGGUUUACAUACCAUUAACAAGCGCCAGUUACCAGUAAUAAUCCCUUUGAAGGGUUUGUUUUGCGGGAAAAUGUCGCAUUAGGUUUUAAUUUCUUGCUACGUUAUCUGGGGACAGUAAUGUGCAUAUUGAACAGGACGCCUGUUUUUGAAAACUAAUCAUCGUUAAUCUGCUUGAUAACUGACUUUGAAAAUUGACGAAAAUAAUCUUAUAAUCUGUAACAAACGUACCAACCAACGUUCUCGCCUAAUAUCGCCUUAAAAAAGAAAGGAAAGCGGCGAAUAGAAGGUGCAAAAAAUUACUACUUUGUCUCAGGCACACAAAUGCUUGGCAUGCAAAAACGUAUCGAGUCCCCGCGGAUUUUUAAACAUCAGAUGAUUCUUAAAGGGUGAAACAUUCACAGCCUAGUUAUAUUUUGAUCAACAGCGGCGUGCUAAUAAAAAAAUUGUUCAAAUAUGUCUAUUUGUGAACUUUGUCCAAAAAAUGGACCGGGCCCUGGAUCCGUCUUAGGCGGAGGGAGAGGGGGGAAGGGACUUGUAGAAAAACUGAUUACAUUUUUAUUGACUAUGUGUCACAACUCUUUAUAUACCAUAAAUUGACAUUUACGUGUAUGACGUGGGUAUGUCAUCAAUAGAUUGAUUAAUGAGUAGUACUUAUUUUCGUGCACAUGUCUUUGGCGUUAAUUGUGUUAACGCGGAAAACUUUAAAUCUUAAUGUCUCUCUAUCCUUACAAUUUGAGGCUAGCUUGUGCUACUUUUGAAGUUUUAACUUAAUUGCUACUAGAGAACUGUUUGUCUCUGAUUAUUUUGGCGCUGAUGUCUUUAGUCUUGUGCAAAAUUCUAUUACGUUUAUGACGUAUAUGACGUGUAGUCCAACGGCGCGUAAACGGUCUAGGCGUAACCAAGGCAUCACCUCAGCAGGCCGAGCUUGUUAAGAAGGAACUGUGUAACAUUUUCGCCAAGUACGGUCUGAAGAUUACUAUCGAGGCCAAUAAGAAAAUAGUAAACUUUCUUGACGUCACACUUCAUCUGGCUAACGGUAAAUACUUGCCAUACAACAAACCAGGAAACAUUCCACGCUACGUCAACAAGAAAUCUAACCAUCCACCCCUCAUCAUCGAAAACAUCCCAAAGUCCAUUAACAAAAGGCUGUCUGAAGAUUCCUUUAGCAAAGCGGCGCCUCUUUAUCAGAAGAUGACAGCGGGUACAACCACAAACUUGCGUUCCCAGUUCCUACAGCACAGUUUCCGAACUCUGGAAGAAGGAACCGCCAUAGAGACAUCAUUUGGUACAACUCCCCUUUCAGCAGGAACGUGGCUACUAAAGUUGGACGGUCCUUCCUAAAGAUCCUCGACGAAGAGUUCCCGAAGGGCCAUGCGCUGCAUAAAAUCCUCAACCGGAACACAUUUAAGAUCAGUUACAGCUGCAAGCCGAAUCUAAAGCAAAAAAUUAAUGGCCACAACAAAUCCACCCUACGGAAAAUAAACGCCGUACCACCUAAAGCUUGCAACUGCCGUCAACCAGCUCAUUGCCCUCUGGACGGUAAUUGCUUAAAAUCAGCCAUGAUCUACCGAGCCACAGUAGCAACGGAGGACAACAGGCCAGCCGAGACCAAUGUAGGCCUUACUGAGAACUCUUUUAAGACCAGAUACUCGAACCAUAAGUCUUCUUUCAGAGACCCAAACAAGAGACUCAGUACAGAACUCAGUAAGAACAUCUGGCACUUGAAAGACGCUAAGAUUGGUUUUAGCUUAACUUGGAAGAUCGUAAAGCAAGCCGCGCCGUUUAAUCUCGCUUUAAAUCGCUGUAAUUUGUGCCUGUAGGCACACAAUUUGCAGAGCCUAGCUGGCGAGCUUGAACAAGCGAAAUGAACUUGUAACUUUCUGCAGGCUCGCGCGUAAAUUCCUUCUUAGCAGCUUUACAUCUUCCGUUGGCACGCAAUAGUUUUUUUUUUUUUUUUUCUUUCAAAUUCCACCCGCGCGUUUGUUGUCUUGGCGUAUGUUUUAACGAACUUUUCAAGUGAAGUGGGCCGGGUUAACAGAAGAAAUUGUGAGGUGAUGAUUAUAGUUCUGAUUGUUGUUUUUUUUUUUUUGUUGGGGGGGGGGGGGGGGGGAUAAAAACAGGUUUUUAACUGUUUGUUUGCUCUUUGAACUAUUACCUUACAAAACUUCUCGAAGAAAUUUUUCCCCAGAGUACAGGUUUUUGUACGAAGUCAAACAAAUACCACAAUAAGUAGUUUCGUCUGAAACACUAACUACGCUUAAAAAAAUAUGAAAGAAGGUCUUGUUUGAUCAUUUCCAAUUUUACUCAAGCUUUAGCUACGUUUUUGCUUAAAGAUGACUGGAGUAAAUUAUUUUGAAAUAGCAAAAGACCGGCAUGCGGCCACCACUGCGAAAACUUUCCUUCAUUCACGAAAUUCUAUAAAAGUGGCAGACGAUUGUCUUCGACUUAAGACCUAAUUCACGACACCCGCCAUCUUUGCAUGCGCUUUAGGAUUGAUGGGAUACAAACAACGUCAUGUGGUACAUUUGUAUUUUAGGGGGCAAACAAGCGAUAAAAUUUGUCAAUACAAGUAAUCGCGGUCGAGUUUGUUUAUUCUCUCAAAACGAGACGGCGAUUUUAUUCUUGCAAAUUGUACCUUUCGAGUUUUUCAAGUUUUACGUCAGUAUUGCUUGCUGUGAGGACGGACAUCUACGGUUAUUUUAUCCAGAAAAGAAACAAUGAUCACUUCCACUUAUAAUUUGACAUUACCGUCUUAAAGUUAAAACGUCUUUCAUUUUGUGUUGUCUAGAAUAAACAAAUUCAACCGUGAUUUCUUGCAUUUAAAGCUUCUAUUACUUUUUUGCCUCCUGAGAAACCUCGUAACAUUGCUUUUAUCCCAUCAGUCCUUAAGAACGUAUAGGGAUGGCGUGUAUCGUGAUUAAGGUCUAUUCCUCCAAGGUACGCAUAAAAUAUAAAAGAACAAACUGGGGAGAAAAAAAAGUUGUGUACUAGGUUCGUGCAGACUGUUUCAUUUAUUUUUUAUUCUAAGCUCUGUCUCUUAGCUAUGUUCUUAAAAAAUCACUAGUACAUGUAUUGAUUAGUCAGGUUCCACUCAUCGUUUCUGAUUGUAGUCAAUGAAUUUUCACAGGGAAAGUUUGCUGCUGCUCCAACAGUCCUAGUUACAGCAGAACAUAUUAGUGCAGCCUUUAAACACGACGCGGCCAGUUUGUGGGUGGAGAACGCAACCAGUUCUUCCUUCUACAUUUGUCUGCGAGAACUGCAGAACUAUGAUGGUCUACAUGAGGAUAUCCUCGUGGUAUUUUUAUUUUUAUUUUUUAAAUUUUCUAAGAGGUAUAAAUUAUAAACACCAAAGAAAAGUCACAGAAAGCAAAGCUUUAAUAAACCUGGUAUGAAAGAGAGGAAUGAAAAAGAGAGACUUUUUGGCAAAUAAAUUGGCCAUAUAAUCAAUCAAUUGGUAAAAAAGAGUCUUCGAUAGUCUCUUCAAGAAAACUGCGACUAUAUUAGCGGGGCUCCCGUGCACGCGAAGCGCGCGUGGGACAGAGAAUAUGGUCAACCUCUUUUCGUUUGGUUGUCACGUGAUUGACCGAGCGUACGUACGCGUCUACAGAUUGUACGGGUGGGGUAGGGGAGGCUAUCAAAAGGAAGGGAGUGGUGUCUCAGGCGUGUCUUGGCAAGUCCACAUCUUUUAUAUAGGACAUUCACAAUGUGGUCAAUUGACAGCUUUCAAAACAGGAUAGCCACUGACCAGUAUCCCAUGAGCAUAUCGCGGGCUCAUGUGUCAACUCAUCGAGGUGACAGGAUUUAUUUGGAAACUGUCCGCUGACCAGUUAAUUGUUUUACUAGAUCGUGAACAAUGUUCAAUCUCAUACUUUGUAGCUAGUUUGGGAGCACAGGAAAACUGAUAAUGCAGACAUAUAGGACAUCAGUGUUUUAAUCAAUUGACAGCUGUCAAAACAGGGUACCCGCUGACCAGUAUCACCUAACCGUAUCGCGGGCUCAGGUGUCGACCCAUCGAAUUCAAGUAUUUUUUGGGAAUUUAUCCGGUGACAAGUUACUAGUUUUCAAGUGGUCGCAGGCUCAAGUUUAAUUUUUUAAAAAAUUCAUAUGAAAUAUGCUGUGUUUAUGUGCCGCACAAUUAAAAUUUUGAUUUCAAACUGACCUCGGACGCGAAAAUUCAGCCAGCUGUUACCGGCAGGGAAGACAGUUGCUUUUGACUUUUCUCACUAGGGUCACGCGUUGGUCACGCUCUACGUUCAAUUUUUAUGCUCUGAUUGGUCAAAAUUUGACAGGUGAGUUCAUGCGGAAAAUUUGUACAGCAUCUUGAAUCUUGUUUACUUUGAGAGCUGAAGCUGACAGAGUUUGUGUCAACUUGUGAUGUUUUUAACUGUUUUUUUUUUCCACUGGAUGUACAAAACGAAAUUUAGCUGCUAUCAGGAGUCUUCUGUUAUUGAUGGCUAGUUUGUUUAUUGGGUUUUUGGUUGAGAAAUACGUCGCUUGUCUAAGUCGGAAAUGCGAUUUCGGAUGGCAUCGUCUUCGUUUUCACCUUGCUUGAUGCGUAAGAGGGUUCCAAAGUCUGAAGCGAUACUGCCCUUACUUGAUACCUUUCAGGAGCUGCAUCUCGAAUGGUAAGCCAGAGUAAUUAUUGUAUCUGAUGUUUGUUUUUUGUAUCUAAUUUAAUGAAGUCGAGCGUAGUUUAUGCGGGUAUUUAGUUUAUGCACGUUUGUAAGAUUUGUUAUUAUAUGGCCAUGUCUCAAAAGGACUGGAAACAAACAAAUUCAAAAAUUUGAUUGGCUAAAAUUGAUCUUGACCGCGGUCUAGAUUUUCCCAUCUAGACCGGCAUCUAGACCGAUCUUUUGUGACAGUUGUCCUUGAAAAGUCACAAACUGAAAGAAUAUGAAAAAAUUGGCUUGUUGCUUUUAAAAAUACCGUUGACUAAAUGGAAGAAUCAGUGGACCUUCACGAGGAAGCAGGUAAAGAAACCGAGCAAACGCUGGCAAAUUUGAGUCCUGCCGAGGAAGCUACGAGCAAAGAUGAAGUCGAAAUUGAGAAAUUUUUGAAGGAGCAGAAAUCAAAAAUAUUCAAUACAAGACUAAGAGCGAUUUAAACGCAUGGAAAAAAUUUUGUGAGUCACUGAAAGAAUCUAGAGCAAUUGAAAACAUACCUGCCAAUGAGCGCGACCUUCUUUUGUCCAAAUUUUUCAUCUCCGUUCGUAAACAAAAUGGCACUGAGUACGAGCCGGGUACAAAGACGCGUUUGCUGCAGCCAAACUCGAUGAGGCAAACAAGAAGAAGGUUUCUAAUCACUCCGUUAGAAAGACCAGUGUUGGACGACUUCUCGAAGCAGACGUUCAGCCAAACUUCGUUGCACAGCUAAGCGGGCACAAAAAUUUGAAAAGCAUCUCUGAAGCGACAGCGAGAAAUGUCUGCUAUCUUGAAUUGUGAGCCAGGUACAUCAGCUCAGUCCGAAGAAAACCAAGUCAGUACCUCCACUACAACACAGCAAAAUGUCUUCACAGUCCAACAAAUCCAGCCUCAGGCAAUUUUUGCCAGAGCGCAUAUGGACAAGUCCGAAGGCUGCACAUUUAAAAUCAACGUUUUCUGUGGUGAUCAGUCGAAGAUCGCAAGGCUGAAUGAGAACUGAUUUCUGAGCGAUCAAGGCAGAAACACGCAUUACUAACAUUGCAGUUGUACUUUAGGUCACUUUUCAUAAGUUGUUGUUUCAACCCCCCCCUGGGGGGGGGGUACUCGAUAUAUCCUCGGGUGGGGAGGUGCGGCCCGGCCCCUCGUACCCUGACCCUGUUUAAGACAAAAAUCGCUGAUUUUCCUACCCUGUUUAAGACAGAAUUCCGAUUUUUGAUGGCCUGUUUAAGACAUUUAACCCGAAACCAUACCCUGUGUGAGACAAUUAAUAAUAUCGAAACUCUUUCUUAUUUAAUCCAUUGGCAAUCACAAAACUAUUUACAGCUGUUUAAGACAAAAAUUGAUAAAAUCAAUACCCUGAUUAAGACAAAAAUUGAUAAAAUCGAUAUACCCUGAUUAAGACAAAAAUUGAUAAAAUCGAUACCCUGAUUAAGACAAAAAUUGAUAAAAUCGAUACCCUGAUUAAGACAAAAAUUGAUAAAAUCGAUACCCUGAUUAAGACAAAAAAUGAUAAAAUCGAUACCCUGUGUAAGGCAAAAAUCCCGAAAAACAUACUCUGGCUGGCCGCACGUCCCCAUUGAGCCCUUAUAAGGGAGUACCCCCCCCCCCCUCCCCCCGGGUUUCAACCACAAGCUUUUUCAUUGAGCCUGUAUGAAAAAUUUUGUCUUCAUUCAUUGACAAAGUUUGAACAAAGCUGGACUUUGAACAGUUAUUUUGUCCCGUUUGGACUGGAGACCAGUGACAGAAGAAAGCCAGCUAAAUGGUUGAGCCCGCGCAGGGAAACAAAUAAAAUUAUUUCUGUUUUUGUUCCUUUGCUUUCUUGUUUGGCCAUAUAAUAAACAUCUUAUUAACCGAGCUAGGUCGGUCUGUAUGGGAGAAUCUUGACCGAGGUCGCUGGUAAAGACCUCACUGCGUUCGGUCUGUACUGGUGACCUCGGUCAAGAUUCUCCGAUACAAACCUCCCGCUCGGUUAAUAAGAGCUAAAGACAAUGAUCUGACCGAGUAUAAGGUUUGAUAUAAGCUUACAGAACUUUAAAAAGCCUUUAGACAGUUUCUCACCGCAAAUAGAAAGAAAACGUUCCAAAGAAUAUCUAGUUAUAAUUCUGGCUGUAAAAGAAAGCUUUGAGCGAUUUUCUUGCCUCGAGUUCGUCUUUGAAAAAUGCAAACACCGGGAAACCGGCUUAAAACGUAAACUUAAGCUUUAAGCUUGAAGACUCAGGAUUUUUAGAGACACUUUAAUACUUGUCUUCCUGAGUGGAAAUUGUUGUCUCUUUAUAUGUUUCACCGAAUUACAUUUCUUUAUUGAUUGUUAGAAGUCUCUCUUGUAAUUUCAAUCGCUGUGCCGAUUGUUUUCAGUCGUUCAGUGAACAUCGCUUGCAGGAGUACUCAAAAUGCCGCGUGUUAAACCAUUUUAAAAUAAAAAGUAAACAUAAUAAACUCUUUAUUAUGUUGGAGCGUAACUCUGUUAAUGUUCAUUCAAACUCUCGCCACAGCUCGCACUACAAAAGUGAGAACCGGAUGGCCGUAUAGGUGAUUUUGGAAUUUUUUUUUCACAGUCUAGCUAAAAGCUCACGCGUACUUCCGUCGUCCUUAAUAUUGAAUCAGUGCAAUUUGAAUUGCAAAAUUGUGCAAUAAUGCUUUCUGUCCAAGGUCUGUAUGAUAAAAACAGAGCUUCAUAGUACUGUUUUACCUCAGAUGUGAUGUAUAAAUGGUAUAAAAGGUUGGUUUACACGCACCCAGAUUUCUUGGCAAGAUUUUUCAAAGUAAACUUGUCGAACGCAAAAAAUUCGGCCUGAUGUUUUCAAGAGCCACUAUGGCUCUUAAAUGAGAUCGAAGGUGAUUACCAGUUUUUGGGUGGACAUAUGAGGCUAUCAACUAGUGUAAGAUUUGGUUCACUCUUGGGCUGUUUGCAAAUUAUUUUUCUCUAAAAUCAUAACCUGAGAUCAGGCUCAAUUUUCGUUUCGCUUUGUAAUAACAUUCCGGCGGGCAAGGCGAAACGAAAACAGAGCCUGAUACAAACCUUCUGCGAAACGUCUGCCGCCCACUUUUUUGAUUGAUUGACAUUUGCCGAAUCAGCCAACCAAAAUUACUUCCGUUGCUUGUUUUUCUAGUAUGCAAAUUUUUCAUGCGAGGGAAAAGUGCAGACUGGCUGACUUAAAAAAUAGCUUUUAUCUCUUAAUUUUUUCAGCUAAUAAUAAAACAGUCAGCACCAUCACAUUUGACUUCUUGCGAGAUUAAAGGAGAUCUCGAAGGUUAUUUCUGUUGGGGUAGAAGGUAAAAGGUUUUCGAAAACACGGCGACACGAUGUUCUACUGGUUUUAUUAUUUUAGCUAGGCGCGCUCGAAUUUAAAAUACUGAAAUUUCUAUUUUUCUGUUGCCUUAAGAUUUUCCUCCGCAAUUUCCCCCAAUUUCCAGUAAAUAAAUCUUUAAAAAUCUCUUGAAGAAAUAUAUCGCGAACUUUUUCAAAGGAUAUACAAAUUAUUUCAGAACAAACCAAACGAGGUCUGAUUUAGUCAUGUGCGUACACUGCGAAUUUACUAGAGAAACAAACAUCUAAAAAAAUAUAUUCUUUACAAGAAAUUCAGGGUAAAUAUUAUCUGCCACUAACUGCAUGCUCAACUUACCUAUAAACAAAACGAAAAACGAUAUUACAAACACACUUUGUAGUUCUCCUUAGUUGUGUUGUUGUUUUACUGCAGGUCUAAAAAGCACGCUAUAUUUAUUAAUCGAAAUAAACAAACAGCAAACAGCCAACGAGCGAGGACACCAGUUUUCCUGGUUUAUUUCUUACAAAAAGCGGAGGCAAACAACAAAAUGCCUACAAAAAUCUCUUGAACAGCGAUGCGAUAUUUUUCGUCUUUUUAACUUCACAGUUGGCGAUUGAGGUUUCUUUCGCAGUGAGCCUCCGCUUGCGUACCCCGUUCAGAGAAGUCAUUCCCGGCCAAACUUUCAAAUGAAACCAGUUUUAUGAUGGACAGUAUUUUGAUUUGCACUCGUUUGUUUGUAAAUCAAAAGGCACCUUGUUAGCGGUCAACAACUUGCAGAGGGAUUCAACUCCGCGAUACACUCACAUUGGUUCCGUAACUAAAGCAAAUCCUGAGAAGAUAUGAACAACCAUAUGAAUUUUCUGAAUUUCCAUGGCACAUAUUAAGGCAUACUUUCCUACCAUAAGACCAUAAAACAAUAAAAAAGACAGCAAAAUCGAUCCUUGUCUCCGCCGACCUCGGGGUCAUUCACGAAAACAACGCGAGGUAUAAGCGCUUUCAACUUCCGGCGUUUCCGACAGCCAAUCAGCGUUACGGCCAAAAUCUUGCCGUAACGAGCACAAACGUGAGAGAGUUUGUAUCAGGCCCAAUUUUAGCGCUAGCCGUUAGAGAGAAUGUAUGAGAACCGCUAAAAUUGGGCCUGAUCUCAGGUUACUAAAAUCACUAAGCCUUUCCCUCAAAAGUCACAUAAAUGUGCUCUAAAGUUAACUGAAUUGUGAAAUACAAGUUUAUUGUUUGAUUUAAAUUAUAAAUGUAUUAACGGGAGCCUCGCUUUUAGCCCUGGCUAAAUCUAUAUAUUAGAUAUCAUCAUAUUAUAAAGUUUUCAACUCCAUGUUACAACAAGCGACUGAACUGAAUCUUCAAUAUUCCAGCGGGAGCGGUGUCAGUGCCACUAACACUCAAAUGUCUGAGAUAAACCAGACAUAACUAAUCGAUGAUCAAUGACAUCAAUUGGUAAUCAGUGAGUAAUCGAUGAGUAAUCAGUUGAUUAGUCAUUGAUUAUUGGCGAUGAUCAAUGAGUAAUCGAAGCCCCAAAAUUUUGUGGCCUAUCGAUUACUCAUCGAUGACAUCGAUUACUCAUUGAUGUAAUUGAUUACUCAUCGACGACCCAUCUAUUACUCAUCGACUAUUAUACUGCGCACGAAAGACACUUUUCUUGCUUUCUUGUACCUUUUUUUUUCGUUUGUGAUUCUUUUAUCUGUGUUAGACGUUUUUUUCCCUUGUAUCUGAAGAUCCUGUUGACGAUGUCGACACGCAAAGUGCUAAUCACAAAAACAGAUGAUUCUCAGUUGUGCAAUAUUUCACUUUACCCAACUCUUUAUUUAAUAACAAAACAAUUUAAGUCUUUUUAAUUUUGUUUUUCUUCGCCAAAUAGGUUGCAGUCACGAGAUGAUAUCGAUGAGUAAUGGAUGAAAUCAAUGACUAAACAAUGCAAUCAAUGACUAAUCGAUGACCAAAAAUUUUGUGGCCUAUCGAUUACUCAUUGAUCAUCGGCAAUAAUCAAUGACUAAUCAACUGAUUACCUAUCGAUUAUCUAUUGAUUUCAUUGAUGUCAUCGAUUAGUUAUGUCUGGGAUAAAAGAAUAUUAAGUAUUCCGUCUUUGAUUCUGUCAGUCAUCCCAAAUUGCGCGGGAUACUUUUAAUCUUAAUUAAUCAGUCACGAGCAAUUUUACCAAAGACUUAAAGAAUUACGUAAGUUAUUAAAGAACCUUUUUGAAACCCUUUGUCGACUGCUGUUGCUUUUUCAGAAUUGGAUGGUCUUUGAAACAAUUCACCGGCCCCUUUUUGCUGAAAGCAAAGAAGUGAACUUCCCAAACAACAGUCCUGUUUCCGCAAACUACAAUGGUGCAUUUUGUAAGGUAGGAAGCGACUUAUGCAAGGCAAAUUACAAUGACAUUAAACAUGCUGUCCGAAUUGUUGUUUGUUUGUUUGUUUUCGUAUUAUUAUUAUUUAUCUGAAAUUAUACGCACAGCUUUGUCAACUGGAUCCGUCCCAAACGAAGGGAAGCGAGCCUGCACAAUCCUCAUCCAUAAAAAGGAAAACGCUAAUGACCCUGCUAACUUCCGUCCUAUUACUUUACAAACUGUGCCUUUAAAGGUUUUUACCUCGUGUCUUCGUAAUGCCAUUUUCAACUUCCUCUCCGCUAACAACUUCAUUAAACAGGAAGUUCAAAAAGGCUUUACACCAGGUCUUUCUGGAACUUUUGAGCACACUGCUCAAAUGGUUGAUAUCAUUAACAAAGCUUGUACCAAACAGCGUUCACUCGUCAUUACUCUUUUGGACCUUAAAACGCCUUUGGUGAAGUUCAUCACAACUUGAUUCAAACCGCUCACUGGUGAAAAGUCUUUACACUGACUUCAAAACCUCCAUUCUUACAAAUGAAUUUCGCACUCCGUUUAUAUCUGUUGGUCGUGGUGUACUCCAAGGUGAUUGCCUAAGCCCACUUCUCUUCAACUUGUGUUUUAACACUUUUCUACAACAUAUUAAAUCUGAAAAAUACCGUGGCUUUUCUCUCAAGUUCUUAAAUCCCAUCCACUGGUUCCAGUUCGCUGACGAUGCCGCUAUCAUAAGCGGUCAGGAAUCAGAAAAUCAACAUCUAAUCAACCGCUUUAUAAUCUGGUGUAAUUGGUCGAACAUGAUAAUAAGAGUUGAUAAAUGUUCUACUCUCGGAAUACGGAAACUGUGCACUAAAUCUGACCAAUAUUUACCCAAACUGUUGAUCAAGGGAGUUCUAAUUCCCUGUGUGGAUAUGGGUGAUUCAUUUUGUUACUAAGGUCGCUUCUUUGACUUCAACAUGUCUAACAACCAACAUGUCUCUUACAACCAACACAUGUCUGAAUUGUCCUCUCUUGUACAAGACUUGAUGAAUGACAUUGAUAUAAAGCCACUACAUCCUAAACACAAACUUCUUCUGUACAGCUGCUAUGUCCUAUCUAAAUUGUCCUGGCAUUUCACUGUAGCUAAUAUAUCCAAAACCUGGAUAACGGAACAUCUCGACUCUGUAGUGAAUGGCUAUAUUCGAAAAUGGCUUGAUAUUCCGAUAUCUGGGACACUGAGCAAUGUUUUCCUAGAACGCAAUAAAUUUGGUCUUAAUAUUUGUCCUCGCUCUAUUAAAUUUACUCAGUGCCAAGCAGUUCUCCGAAAUUCAUUAAAAGAGUCACCAAAUGAUUCCUUAAAAGAUCUCUGGAAAUCGUCAAGCUGUCACACUAAUAUUCAAUAUGAUGUGUACAAAUCCACUAAGGAAGUUCUUAAAGAUUUCCGUUCUAGUCAAGAGGAUAAACUGCAACACCACCUAACAUCUCAAGGUUUCUUCUUCUUAAACGUUAUCAAGUACUCAGUGUCAUCUGUAAAUUCUAUUUGGUCAGAGGCCCAGUCUCAUCUACCCAAGAACAUUUAUAAUUUUACCAUCCGCUACAUCAACAACUCCCUCCCUGCACGUAAGAAUAUGGCAAGAUGGGGAUUAUCACAAAGUCCUGAUUGCUCCUUUUGCCUUAAUCCUGAAUAACUCCUUCAUGUUGUCGCUGGUUGUCAACAGUACCUUGAUCGCUUUACCUAGAGACACGACUCAAUCUGAGACUUCAUUGCCAAGUCACUUCAACCUGUAAUUAAUGUUCACUCUUCAAUCUAUGCAGAUGUUAAUGGUUUUCUGAAUCCCUCAAUAAUAACUGGUGAAAAUUAUCGUCCAGAUCUUCUUAUCCUAAUCCAGUCCAAGUGCCUAUAUGUUCUAGAAUUAACAGUUGGUUUCGAGUCUAACCUUAACAACAAUGCAGUGCGUAAGAAAGAAAAAUAUCUGAACUUGAUCAACGAAAUGAGUAGGAAUUACAGAUGUGUGAGAUUUGUAAAUCUCUCCAUGAGUUCCCUUGGCGUUUUCUCCGAUGAAUGCUCCACGUUCUUAGACAUGAUGAAUGACACUUGAAUUGACAAAAAGCAGCAACGUUAUAUAAUCAAGAAAAUGAUAAAUAUAGCCUUUAGAGCAACAUAUUACAUCUUUUGUUGUAGAAAUAGGAACUGGGAUAGCCCAGACUUAAUGCAAUUUUCAUAUAUAUAUAUAUAUAUAUAUAUUUUUUUUUUUUUUUUUUUUUGGCUUUUGUUUUGUUUUGUUUUUGUUUUUGUUUUCUUUUUUUUGUUUUUUGUUUUUUUGUUUUAAUCCAGUCUCAAGCAGCAUUUGUAAGUUGCCUUUACGUAGCGAGAUUUACAAUUGUACAUUCAAAAACACAAAUAAAGUUUCCAUUGUUAUUAUUUUUGCUUCCCUUUCUUGCUGCAAAAUGCCUGAAGUAAUCUCGAUCAUGAUCCGUCGUUAUCUUUUUUGUUCUAAAGGAAUUUUAUAGAUAUGGAAACCAUGUAAGGGAACUUCUUCGAGUUCGCCUUGUUUCAUCUAAUACCUUUUUAAAAAGAUUCUCCCUUCAGCGCCUUCACGUCAGCUCUCCACGAGGAAAAUCCUGGGCAGUUUUUGACUCUUAUCAAUUAGUAUCAAAAGAGCAAUGAAAUUUUCAGUUUAAUGUUCAGUACUUUAUAAGCAGCGUAGGUUUUCUAUCCUUAGGACGAGCAAUUUUCAAGAAAUUACGACGAAGAACCCAUAGUAAUAAUAGCAGCAAGUCACAGCUCAGAGGGCAACAACUUAAAACCAAUACACAUGUCUGUUACAGCAUGGAUUGAGGUAUAGUAGGAUGCCAUUCUUGCAAGUUAUAAUAGAGAGGUCAGAAUGCAAAAAAGGGCUUCCUAUAUAUAGUUCAAAAGGGAAAAUAUUCUUGUGGAAGUUUAGCCAGGCUGUAAAACAAUGUACACGUACUAACUUAUGCUAACGACCAUGCAUUCCGUUUAAAUCUCAGUUUAUCAAUUUCAUUUAAAUCUAACACAUUAAGAUUUAAAAGUUUUUUUUUUAGCUUUAACGCUCCCUUCCUUGCAAAACAUGCCAGUUUCAAUAAGUUUGCGUGCAUAUUAUAGGACCCGAUUCCAAUGGUGCUAAGAGAGAUUUUUGCGUUUUAAAAGAGCAAUAUACUGGUAUCCUUCACGACAAUAUUUAUUUUACAGCACAUCAAGACAAGCGAAUUACGCAUUUGUCUCAAGGAGUUGUACGCUGACCGGCAUGAUCCUGUAAACGUGUCCUACGUAGUACUAGCAGGUGGGUCUGAAAUCAAACGAAAAGGUUACCGUACGUCUGUGUAAUUUCCUUUUCUUUUCCUCAGUUUAUACAACCGAGUUUCCCUUUUCAAGAAUUAGGACUUAUUUGGUUUUUUUAUCUACAGCAAACAAGUAUAAAAUAAACCUCUUUUGUUCCUGCAGAUGUAUGUAAACCUGGUUGGUCAUAUUUUGGUGGUAUUUGCUACUCAACCAGUCAAACCUGUAAGAACUGGACUGAGGCCCAGAAAACUUGCCAAUCAUACAGCGCUAAUCUAAUCAGUGUACGAAACCAAGAAGAGAACGUCUACAUUCAGCACAGGUUGAAUGGCGCCAAGGGAUGGAUUGGACUGAGCGAUAAGAACACAGAGGGAACUUUCGUCUGGGCUGAUAAUCAAACAAACAAUUUCACUUACUGGGCUAAGAAUCAACCCAACAACUUCAACAAUGAAGAUUGCGUUCACACCCUGGGAGUAAGUCACAGUUUCAUGUGGAAUGAUGUGAGCUGCGGUACCUGCCAUAACUACACUUGUUCAGAAGGUACCUAGGAACAUUUUGCUCUUCAAAUAGGCGAUGUCUGAUUUAUUAUUUUAUUCUAUUUUUAUUUUUUUGUUAACCCACGGAGGCGCACACCUCCAAAGGCUUUUCUCCAAUUUCAGUUUAAAAACGAUUCUAUUUCAGUACCAAAACAACAAACUGUUUAACUAUAUAACACACUUUUCAUGCUAGAGGUGAAACAGGUUUGCUUUAGACGUUCCAAAAACAAGGAAAAAAUCCAAGGUGGGCUCUUUUUCGAAUGACAACAGCCUUUGCAUUUUUGGAAUACUUAUCAGUCACUCCAGAAAUGCAAUGAUUGAUUGAUCGAUCUGUCGAUAGAAUGAAUUAUCGAUUCCUCAGUUUAUUUCUGGAUUAGUUGGUUGGUUGGUGAGUGUAUGAAAUGAAUUGAAUAUUGUUUCUUUUGAGCAGUGAGUUAGAAAAUUUGAUUGAUUGAUUGAUUGAUUGAUUGAUUGACUGAUUGAUUGGUUGGUUUUGAACUAAGAUCUGGAUGAAUGUGGAGGGAAUAAUCAUCAUUGUCACCAGAAUGCCAUCUGCACGAACACUCGUGGCUCCUAUAAAUGCCAGUGUUCGACAGGAUAUACCGGUAAUGGCUUGACAUGCACAGGUAAUAGUCUCCAGUGUCUUUUCCCUUGCAAAAUAAAGGAACCGUGAAUACCAGGAAUAGUGUAAUACCGCAAUUCCAGGUUCUUUCAAGUUAUUGUUAGUGUUGUUGUUGUUGUUGUUGUUAUUAUUAUUAUUAUCAUUAUUUUACUUGUUUAUUUUAUUUUUUCUUAUGUUGGAAAACAAAAAGACUUAAAAACACACACAAAAAAGGCAAGACAUGAAAAGAAUGCGCCAAAUUUACGGCCAUAGAACUAAGCCAGUUCUGAUGACAAAUUAAGUUCCAAUGAAAUCGAUUCAAACUUUUUGUGUUAUUUUCUAUAAGGUUAGCUCAUAAGCUACAGGGACAGUGCUUACUUCAAACACUUACUCCAAACUAUUAAAAGAAUUCAUAAUAAGGUCUUUGUAAUCUACAUGUAAAGUAAGCGUUAUGAGUUCGGUACUAAUUAAUGUUAAUAGUUUUUCUUCUCCUUGACUUUUUAAGAUGUCAACGAGUGUUCUUCAGGUCACCAGUGUGACAGUAGUGCAACGUGUUAUAACUCAGAUGGAUCUUACACGUGCUCAUGUAACAGCGGAUACACAGGGGAUGGACUAACCUGCUAUGGUAAUUAAGUAGUGAUCAAAUGCUUCUUUUACAGAAUAAAUUAAACUACUUGCUGAGGGAAGAGAAGAGCAAUUUUGUUCUGUAAACUAAUAAUAAAGAAAGACGCAUUGUCUCAAUCCCAGUGCGCCUUUAAAAAAAAUCGCAAAUUCAUCUUAUACAAAACCCAAGAAGAAAAACUCUGUGAAGUAGAGAUAAUAAUUUAAACCCAGUACAUCAAAAAUAAAUCAAAGAGAGCUUUCGUACUUGUUUCUCCGGUAAUCCACUAUGGCGAACCUAAAAUAAGAAACUGGUUAAUAUUCUUCAGAUGUGGAUGAAUGUUCGCUGAACACUCAUGACUGUGACGCAAAUGCAAUCUGCACCAACACAGUAGGAACAUUUACUUGCAAGUGCGAUGUGCAUGCACAUUACAUUGGUGACGGAAAGACUUGUACUCCUCACCGUAAGUCGAUCCAUUAUACUCAGUUCGUUAAGUAAAUUAUUUAAUAAUUGGUAAGUUAUUUAUUUAUACUAGAUGUCUUAUGCCCACCUCCACAUGUAGCGUAUUCAAAUCGAAUUUGCCCGUCCACACGUCUCCGGAUUCGCUCUCAGUUCGUCAGCUAAUUUGUAAAGCGAUGUUCGGCUCAUGCGGAGAUUUUAUCGCCAUUCUUCUUUAAUAACUAUUUCGCUGACAACUUGUCCCGCCAAGCACAAGUUUGCUCGUUUAACUUGUUUACGGCGUCUAAUUCGUCCGUGUGACAUGGAAAGAAGCCUCAGAAUGUCGAGCCGCCGCUUGGCAGAAAUUAAAUAAUAGCUAGGUUUAGCUGCGCACAGUUAUAAGACUUGAAACUGAAGUCCAAGAAAAAAGAAGGGAAAAUAUUGCGCUCUCGGCACCAUGUUGAAUAUUCGCAGUAAAGUACUGGGCCCGAUCUUGUUACGUCCUGAAUUAAAAAAAUGUAGUCCGGAUUCAUAGCGUACUCAAAAAUUUCGACUCUGGAGAGCGGAUUCCGCAAAAAGUCGCUAAUUGCAAUGCCGCAUUCACCGGAUACGUGUGGACGAAAGCCGAAUCCGCAAAGAAAAAAUUGCGGACUCAAAAAUAUCCAGAUAUGUGUGUAGACCGGGCCCUAUUAGCAGAUCCAAAGAAGCUAUCUCACGGUAUUGUGAGUCAUUGUUUUGCAAUGUACAAUCAAAAAUUGUCUGAAGAUUAGCAUUUGAAGUAGAAGAAACACUAAUAUUGAACUAUAAAGAAUUUAACAUGGUUUAGACUAAAUUUUUCAAGAUACAGAGAAACCCUAACGUAGCUACUUCAAGGUCCUAUCAGCUUGUGUUCAAAGUUACUUAAAUUUCUUAAUUAAUACAUUUAUUUAUUUUAACCACCAAGUGAGUGUUUUGUAGAAGUACAACAACAUUUUACGUUUCUUCAUUUUUACCCUCCCCUUAAUGGACACUUUUAACUGGUCCCUAGGGUGUCCGCUUAAUAAAACCGCAAUAUCUGCUAUAUCCAAUGAUCUAUUCUUCGCUCGAUUUCGGCUUUAGGUAUACAAAAAUUUAACAAAAUAAAGCAAUUUAUAUGUUUGAGUUCAUUAGGGACCUUCUGCAGGGAGGGGAAAAAAAUGGCCGUUGUAAGGAAGAUGUUGUUAAUAGAGGCUCGAGUUCAGUUGCUGUGUGUCUGCUACUUAUUUUGGUGAAAAAUAGUGGUUUCUAAAGCAAACUAAAGAAAGAAUGUUUGCUUGUUUUUCUUUCAGGUGGACUCGGUAACUCAGUUAUUUUGACGAAUGACGUGAGUAUGAUGUCACAGUUAAAUACAUGGCUCUAUCCCCACUUGCAGAGUUCGGACAGAAGUUACUGGACACUGUGUUAUAGAGCCACCAGUCACGGUUGGAGCUCAUCCACCUUUCACAGUUAUUGUGAUAACAAGGGACCUACUGUAACCAUUGUAAGAGUUGGAGGCAGCUAUAUUUUUGGAGGAUACAACGAUAACUCAUGGCAAUGUAAGUCUAGGAAAUAGCCAAGAUACUAAGAAUGUUCCAAUCGAUUGAAAGUUAAUCACUCAUACAAUUUCAUCGUAAGACAAACAACUUGUUGGACUCCACCGCCGCCCCAAACCACCCCCCCCCCCCCCCCCCCCCCCGUUGUUUUUUUUUCCCAAUUUUUUGUACAAUUUUAUUAACUCUUUUUUUUUUUAUGAAAUUUAUAAAAUACACCCUGACACCCACUAUCAGUGGUGCGUCACAAAACCCUAUACAAGAAGCGCAAGCGAGAAAAUUAUAACAAUAGGCAAGUGAUACCUAAUAAUAAAACAAAAAACAAAAAAUGUCCCAAAGCAUUGAAAUUUUCCCCCCCACACAUUUCCCUCGAAAAACAAACCACUUUGUGGUCCCCCCCCCCCCCCCAAACCCCCCCCCCCCCCCCCCUCGUGCGAUUUGGUUAAUGUACCAUAUUGCGUUAACGUUUAACUCAUCCUCAUUUUCUGUAUGAAAUUUACCAAUGAGCCCUUGCAGCUAACUGUCACGUGGGACUAAAAGCGCCUUGCUAAAGAGCACGUGACGUAAUGGGGCAAGAAAAACGAAGACAUUACAUCAUUUUAAAAGGUCCUACUGCUUUGCUUGCCCUCCAGCAAGUUGAUUUUGUAGCGUUUGAUUUUUUAGCUGCAAAGGGCCCUUAACGUCAUCGAAAAUAAAAAAAAGAGAAAGAAAAAAUUAAUUAGAAACGCUAAAUAGAAGUAUUUGAAUUUUUCGUGAAGAGAGAAUGAAAAUCACAUGCUCUCUUGUUUUCGUAGAUGAAACAGGAAGGGCUGGUUUAGGAGUUCCGAAGCCGAAACAAUUUGACUUAAUCACCUGAUGAAUAAUAUACUCAGGCAACUCUGUUAAGGAUCGAGGCACCCACUAUUUUUAUCAUGCAAGAAAAUAAUGGAUGAAUGGAUGGUCUUUCCCUAAAAGAGAACGUCCUAUAAUCAUAAAACUCGGCCUCGGCUAUAGAGCUGUUUGUGGGAGUUAAAUUCAUUCUAACUUAAUAUUAUUUCCAUUACAAAGUGACGAGUUAUAUUUUUACCUCCGAUGUUUCUAAAAAUUGCGCAAGUCUACUUUCCUCCAGCUGUUUCGAGAAUGUAUAAGGAAUAUUUUCUAAGAGAAUGAGUGGUAUCAACGUUCGGGAAACAUCCGCGAAGUAGCAAAUGUUUCUGCAUUAAGUUCAGUCUUCAGAAUAUUGUCGCAAUUACUGGAACCCUACUGUUAAAUAUAUUCACCUCGUUAUAUGAAUUUAAUUGAUAGAUUUUCGCAUUUGUUAAGAUGUGAAGUCGAGUUUCACUUAAUAAAUACUUGAGAUAUCGACUACAGUCUACUGGAAGCAACUUCAACUACCCGUUUGCCGUUACGUAUGUGUCACGGAUGUGUUUAUACGGGUAUCUUUGUACUUGACUGUCACGCACUGUACUUGCAGCAUUUCAUUUCCAUGAAAUAGAAAUCGCAUGUCGAGCUCAGUUUCUGGAACGGAUUAGCGCUUGAUAGCGUUGAUUCCUUUGGAAUAAGGGAUUGCUUCAAUGGUCGGAAAAAAAAAACAAUCUUAAUGGGAAAAACUUCUAUGGCAAGGCUAACUGGUCGGGUUUUGUAAACUUUCAUUGUAUGCAAAUGAGACUUGUGAUGAGCAUACGGUUUAUUUUCGGGGACAAGAGCCAUAAUUUUUUUAUGGCUUUUGUCGAGGAUGAUUGAAAUAUCGCAAAUCAUCGAAUACGAUACAAAAAGAAAAUUUCCUGAAGAAUACCCGACCGUCGGGCAAGUAUGGAUUGAAAAACGUUUAUCGAGGAGAUCCUGUUUCAUGUAUAGUUAAUCGCCUUCUAUACCCACUUGACCGCGAGCAGUCUUAUUUUUCUUUUGAGUCACAGUAGGUCGAGAGCAUAAUUUUACUUUUUCGCUCGCCGCUCGCCGCUCGCCGCUCAGAGGAAAGAAAGACGACCCCUCGCGGUCUAAUCGCCUCCUCAUUUCUUGUCUUAUCUCAAAGCAAGCGAGACUCAACGCUACUACGCGAGACUCAACGCUACAACGUUCUUGUUGUUCUUUUAACCUAUUUCCAUUUGUUUACAAUAACAUUAUGUGGUGGAAUAAGCUAUUAUUUUGUUAUAUGUUUCUAAUACUUUAUGUAUUGGAUUGUUUUUGUCCUAUCAGGGUAUGGUUAUUAUCAGUAUUCAUCAAAUACGUUCAUAUACUCACUAAGAAACUACUACCAUUACGGAUACUUCAAAAAUGACAUAAACGGCUACCAUGGAUAUGCCACUUACAGCUACUACAGCUAUGGUCCAACCUUUGGCGGGGGCCAUGACAUCUACAUCGCAGACAACGCGGGAUACAACUAUUAUUCUUACUUUAGUUGUUCCACAUACACUAGUCCCUACUGCGACAACUAUCUGUGGGUUGGAAGCUAUAAUUUUUGCCCAGAUGAGUUAGAGGUUUUCUAUGAAGUGCUUGCCUAA